AUGCCUUGUGCUAUGAGGACAACAGGGCUGGGGGCAGAAGGGGAGUUGGAACCAGGAGGUUCCUGGCAUUGUCCUUCCCCCACCCCUGCAGGAGUGAGGACUGGCCGCUGCCUGUGGGCGGGGAGCGAGCAAAAGGGCACCUGUGAGAUCUUCGCCUGGUGCCCGGUGGAGACAAAGUCCAGGCCAGCGAAGCCACUCCUGGGCGAAGCUGAAGACUUCACUGUUUACAUAAAGAACUUCAUUCGUUUCCCCAAAUUCAACUUCUCCAAGACAAAUGUGCUGGACACCACAGACAGAGCUUUCCUGAAGUCCUGUAAAUUUGGCCCCAAGGACCCCUACUGCCCCAUCUUCCGACUUGGGUCUGUGGUCAGCUGGACGGGGAGCAGCUUCCAGGAGAUAGCUGUGCAGGGUGGUGUGAUAGGAAUUCAGAUUGAAUGGGACUGUGAUCUUGAUAGAGCUCCCUCUGAAUGUUACCCUCGCUAUUAUUUUAACCGUCUGGACAACAGAUUUUCAGAAAACUCUCUUUCUUCUGGGUACAACUUCAGGUUUGCCAAGUAUUACCGAGACGGAGCUGGGGUGGAGCUCCGCACGCUGUUUAAAGCCUACGGGAUCCGCUUUGAUGUGAUGGUGAACGGCAAGGCAGGGAAGUUCAACAUCAUCCCCACAGUCAUCAACGUGGGCUCAGGGGUGGCGCUCAUGGGUGUGGGGUCUUUCUUCUGCGACUUGGUACUCAUCUACUUCAUCAAAAAGAGCCACUUUUACCGAGACAAGAAAUAUGAGGAAGUGAGGGACCUAGAGGUCCUCGCCCGAAUGGCAGAGUCCUCGCAGCAGAGCGUGGCCCCGGACGCGGCGGGGCUGGCGGAGCAGCCAGAGGUGCAGGAUGGAGUCGGCGCCCAGGAGAAUGGCUGUGUGUGCCGGCAGCUCCUCCAGCCUGCCAGGUCUGGCCACCAGGGGAAUGGAAAGGUGAAUGUGGAGCAGCUGCAGAACCUGCAGACCGUGGAGGCAUAGCCAGAGCUGUUGGCUGACAGCAGAUUUGGUGAAGAUUUGAGGGCAGAACUGCCCACAGCUCUGAACUGGGAAGAGUCAUCGUCAUCCACGUGGGACGGGGCUUCCAGGCACAGCCCUCUCUCCUGCGCUUUGGGAUCCUGCUACAAGCUUUUUGUUGUGUGUGUGCGGAGGGGAGCCUCCCAGUGGCCACAGUGGCUCAUGCAGAAGAGGCCCUGGGGAGGGGAAGGGUGGAGGGCAGGCCAGGGGCCUAGAGUGUUUUCAUUUUUCCUGAGAACUUAGUAGGGCAUUCAGUUAUUCAUUCACACAACAAACACUGAUGCCUGCUACGGGCUGGGCCCUGUCCAAAAGAUGCUUGAAUGAGAUACUGACCUGGCCCCCAGGGAGGGGGGCAUGUAUGUAAUUCCCUUCAGAGCCGACAGACAUGACAGCUGGGCCCAGGACUCUGGCCUUCCUCCAGCCUCUAGCUGAGACCUGCACAAAUCCCUAGAGCGAAUGAUGGCUCCUCAGAGAAGGACCUUGACCAACACCCAAGGGGACAUGUGGCCUUGCCCCCAGGGGUGAAAUUUAAAGGUGGCCAAGGAGGCAACUGGGAAAGGACUGGACCUGUGAGGAGGCAGCUGGCCAUGAGGAAGGAGAGCCUCGGGAAGCUCAGGGGAUAGCGUCUCACCCAGAUGGGAGACACACCUGCCUGUGUGGUUUGGCUCUCACUGUUCUGUGGGGCUUGCAGUGUCCCUGCCCGGCUUCCCUCCCUGUCUCCUCUAGAGCUCCAUCUGAAGGGCUAAUGAGAUGAUGAAUGGUGCUCAGUCGUCAGGUGGAAACAGUUGUUACUAGGUUGGCCUUCAACCCCCUCCCUCAGUGGCUGUAAAGCACUGCUACUGAAGUGUGGUCUGGACCAGCAGCGUCCGCAUCGUCUGGGAGCUUGUUAGAAAUGCAGUCUCAGGCCCCUCCCUCAUCCCCCUAAAUCAGAACCUGCAUUUCAGCAAGACUCCCAGGUGAUUCAUGCGCACGUGAAAGGUUGAGAAGCAGUGCUUGAGGAGAUAUACAAAACCUGGUUCUCAAAAGGUCAGUUUUGGUGAGUGGCAUCAAUUUCCAGGUCAGACUUAGCGCAAGCUACCUUGAGACCAAGCAGAUUCCCCCCUUCCCUCCCUCGGGAAAGUGGCAUUAUGCUCAAUUCAUUUAAAUUAAAAUAUUUUGACUAGGUCAUACUUAAAUGACUCAAAAUUUAAGAGGUACAAAAGAACAGAAGUGAAAAGCUUCCCUCCCACCCGUCCCGGAGGCAACCUGUGUUACCAAUUCCAAGAGGCUCACCUGUCUUGCUGAGAAUCCACUGGGUUACUCACGCCUUCCCUCAGGAAAUGAACUUUUCCUGCCGCCUGCAGUCAGACCAAGUCUCCUCUGUCAGAUGCAAGAGAAUAUGCUGGGCUAGGGAGCCGGCUGGCUCGCUUCUCCCUCUGCACUGGCUGAGGAGCCCCAGCGAAAACGCAAGGGGAGGGGUCUAGAACUCAAUCAUGGUUGUUGAAACCAGCUGGCAGCCCAGGCCUGCAGUGCUGCCCGUCACCCAGCAAGCCUGGGUGCUGUGUGCUCGAGCACCUGUCCUGACUCGAGGGAGCACCCUCUCUGGGAGGACUCUGGUUCUCCUCCGCACAGAGCGGGGAGUAAACAUCCUUCCACUGGGGCCUUUGGACAAGAGGGUUGGAGGGGUGGAAAGGUCUCUGGCGAGGCUGGCCUCUGGGGCACAGGGGUGUGGUCCCCAGAACUGGACCCCUUCUAGAUCAAGCAGCUCCUCCCCUGGGCUGCUAGGUGACCUGUCAGCAAGCCCAACCUGCUGUCUGAAGAGAAAAGUGAAAACUCCAGGUGAUUUGCUGUGGUUUCACUUCCUCUCUAAGGCUAACCCUUGGAUAUGAUAACACAGCAUGUUACUUAUAUGUCUGGGAGUGAAAAGGGCAGGGGUCACGGCCACUGAGGAGCUGGGUCUGGUUUCUUCUAACCUGCUUUUGGAAUCGCUUGGCAGCAGCCGUAACACUUCGGGACAGCUGUGCUAUUUGUUUCAUACCGGAAUGGAAAUGUCUCCCUACAGCUACUCCUUCAGUCAGUAAAUAUUUAUUGAGUGCC